AUGGUAAACAAUUUGGCCCAAGCGGAAGCUGUGCAGCUCUGCUAUGAGAACAUGAAUGGAUCCUGUCUUAAAACCUCUUAUUUGCCAGGUCCUGGAGCAAUCCUGUACACAGUCCUGGGACUGGGGGCCGUGUUGGCUGUGUUUGGGAACUUACUGGUCAUUACUGCUAUCCUUCACUUCAAACAGCUGCACACACCUACGAAUCUGAUCGCAUCCCUGGCCUGCACUGACUUCUUGGUGGGAGUGACAGUGAUGCCUUUUAGCACAGUGAGGUCUGUGGAGAGCUGCUGGUACUUUGGGGAGAGUUACUGUAAAUUUCAUACGUGCUUUGAUACGUCCUUCUGUUUCGCCUCCUUAUUUAGUUCAUGCUGUAUUUCUGUUGAUAGGUAUAUCGCUGUUACGGAUCCAAUGAGCUAUCCAACAAAGUUUACCGUUUCAGUUUCAGGAAUACGCUUUGUUCUCUCCUGGUUCUUUUCCAUCACUUACAGUUUUUCCAUCUUCUACACUGGGGCCAACGAAGAAGGAAUUGAGGACUUAGUUGUUGCUCUGACCUGUGUGGGAGGCUGUCAAGCUCCACUAAAUCAAAAUUGGGUUCUGCUUUGUUUCUUGUUAUUCUUUCUACCCACUGUCGCCAUGGUGUUAAUAUACAAUAAGAUAUUUUUGGUGGCUAAGCAUCAGGCGAGAAAGAUAGAAAGUACAGCCAGCCAAGUUGUUUCAGCCUCAGAGAGCUACAAAGAAAGAGUAACCAAAAGAGAGAGGGCUGCCAAAACGUUGGGGAUUGCUGUAGCAGCAUUUCUGGUCUCUUGGCUACCAUACAUUAUUGAUGCUGUCAUUGAUGCUUAUAUGAAUUUCAUAACCCUUCCGUAUGUUAAUGAGAUAUUGGUGUGGUGUGUUUAUUAUAACUCAGCUAUGAACCCCUUGAUAUAUGCUUUUUUUUACCCCUGGUUUCGGAAGGCAAUAAAACUUAUUGUAAGUGGCAAAGUCUUACAGAGUGAUUCAUCAACCACUAAUUUAUUUUCUGAUGAAGCAAAUAUAGAUUAA